CAGCGCUACAGUAACAGCGCUACAGUAUUUCUGCUACAGUAUUUUCAGCCUUUCUGUGAUUUCUCUUUGCUCCUCUGGUGCCGCUCGGACUGUCCUACUGUUGGUUGCUCGUAUCACUCGGUUCUUUCCUUGGUGCGGUCGAUCUUAUUUGGUGAUAAGUGGUUCCUCUCAUGUGAUAGAAUUCAGGUUUUUUUUUUAUUCACAUCCGCUACAUUCCGAUUUAUCUUUCUUUCUUAUCUAGUGGUGGAUCCUUAUCUUAAGGUAGUAAACAUGUCUUCUUCUACCUCAAAUUUGCCAAUUGUUAAUAUCAAAACUCUCAUACCACUAGAACUCACCGAUUCUACAUAUCUUGUGUGGAAACAAGUCUUUCUUAAUGUUCUAGAAAGUUUUGAUGUUACAAAACAUGUGGACGGAACUAGUGUUGUGCCUUCUCAGACUAUCGAUACUGCUGAUAAGAAGGAGGUUAUAAAUCCUGAAUAUGUGAGUUGGAAAAAGAACGAUACUACUAUACUUUCAUGGAUUAAUGCCACUUUAUCUCUUAGCAUAUUACAUAUGGUUGUUUCUAGCUCACCUAAAACUGCAUAUGAUGCUUGGAGAAUUAUUGAGGCAUAUUUUCUUGAUAAGACUGCUUCCACGGCUUUUUCUCUAAAAUCUGAAUUGCGGAGCAUCAAGAAAGGCUCAAUGAGCAUGAGUGAUUACAUGCAAAAGAUCAAGACGAUUGGUAAUGCUCUUCAGGCGAUUGGUGAAAUCGAGUCAGACCAUAAUUUGGUCAUGACUGUUCUUCUAGGGCUACCUGAGGAAUAUCGAGGUUUUGUUAGUGCUCUAAACACACACAGAAAUAAGCCAACUUUUGAACAACUUCGUCCACUCUUGAUGCAAGAAGAAACAGAAGUUCAGCGUCGCACUAGUGUGACUACGUCCUCUGCUAUUCCCACUAUUGACAGUGAAGCUCUUUAUGCCAAUCGUGGACGUGGUAAUCGUGGAGGCCGUGGAGGUAGAUAUCGUGGAGGCCGAGGACAACGUGGUAGACACUAUUCUGGUCGUGGAUCUCCUGAAAUCUACCCACAGUCUCAACCUAAUUAUCCUCAACAAUCUUACACUCCAAAUCAACAACCAUAUAUUCCGAAGUCCGGCAUACAAUGUCAGAUAUGUGGAAAGUUCAAUCAUUCUGCUCUUCAGUGCAGACAACGCUUCAAUCAUUCUUUCGCUGCUGAUGAAGUUCCUCAGACCUUUGCUGCUAUGAACCUUCACGAACCCAGUGAGGAAGUCUGGUAUCCGGAUACCGGAGCAUCAAAUCAUAUAACCGCAAACUCUGGACAAGGAAACAGGGAAGGAGCUUCUUCGAUGUCCUAGCUCGGGAACAUCACUUUAUCCAAUUUCUUCUAGACUUGCAAGUGUAGGGAAUAAGCAACAA